UUGCAAUUAGGCAUUAAUUAAGUAUUAUGAAAGUUGAUUAUUUAAGUGAAUUCGGCUUUCGACUCUCCGACUAUGAGUUUGGGACCAAGGAGAGGAGAAUGGAUCUCGGUACAGCUGAAGGGACCCGGUGCACCGACCCGCCCGCAGGCAAGCCCGCGAUGGCGGCCAAGCGCAAAGGCGGCCUGAAGCUCAACGCCAUCUGCGCCAAGCUGAGCCGCCAGGUGGUGGUGGAGAAGGGGGCAGAGUCAGGCCCCCAGCCUGAGGGCAGCCCGCUUCGGCCACGGGACCGAGAGGUCGGCGUGGCCCGGGGCGCCCGCAGCGAGGAAGACAAGAGGCGGGCGGUGAUCGAGAAGUGGGUCAACGGCGAGUACAGUGAGGAGCCCACGCCCGCACCCAGCCUGGGGCGGAUCGGCCGUGAGGGCCUGGAGCUGCCGCCCGAGGGUGUCUACAUGGUGCAGCCUCAGGGCUGCAGCGACGAGGAGGACCAUAGCGAGGAGCCCCCCAAGGAUGGCAGCGGCGGCGCAGAGGAGAAGGAGUCCGAUGGGGUGGCCUCCAAGGACGACAGCGGCCCCAGUACCAAGCAGGCUUCAGGAGAGGCCUCCUCGCUCCGGGACUACGCGGCCUCCACCAUGACCGAGUUCCUUGGCAUGUUUGGCUAUGAUGACCAGAACACGAGGGAUGAGCUGGCCAGGAAGAUCAGCUUUGAGAAGCUGCACGCAGGCUCCACCCCCGAGGUGGCCACCUCCUCCAUGCUGCCCGCCUCCGAAGAUGCCCUCAGCAAGCGGGCGCGCUUCUCCAAAUAUGAGGAAUAUAUCCGCAAGCUCAAGGCCGGGGAGCAACUCUCCUGGCCGGCCCACAGCACCAAGGCCGAGGAUCGGGCCGGCAAGGAGGUGGUGGGGCCCCUGCCCGGCCUGCGGCUGCCCAGCAGCACGGCACACCUGGAGACCAAGGCCACCAUCCUGCCCCUGCCCUCACACAGCAGCGUUCCCAUGCAGGGCCUGGUGGCCCGCACCUCCAAGUACGACUUCUUCAUCCAGAAACUGAAGACGGGAGAGAACCUGCGGCCCCAGAACGGCAGCACCUACAAGAAGCCAUCCAAGUACGACCUGGAGAACGUCAAGUACCUGCACCUCUUCAAACCCGGGGAGGGCAGCCCCGACAUGGGCGGGGCCAUUGCCUUCAAGACGGGCAAGGUGGGGCGCCCCUCCAAGUACGACGUCCGGGCCAUCCAGAAGCCGGGCCCCACCAAGGUUCCGCCCACCCCCAGCCUGGCUCCUGCACCCCUCCCCAGUGUGCCCAGUGCUCCCAGCGCCCCCGGGCCAGGGCCCGAGCCGUCUGCCUCCCUGCCCUUCAACACUCCCGAGUACCUGAAGUCGACCUUCUCCAAAACAGACUCCAUCACCACGGGGACCGUCUCCACUGUCAAGAACGGAUUGCCCACAGAUAAACCAGCUGUCACCGAAGAUGUAAACAUUUAUCAGAAAUAUAUUGCCAGGUUCUCGGGCAGUCAGCACUGUGGCCACAUCCAUUGCGCCUACCAGUACCGUGAGCACUAUCACUGCCUUGACCCGGAGUGCAACUACCAGAGGUUCACAAGCAAGCAAGACGUGAUCCGGCACUAUAACAUGCACAAGAAGCGCGACAACUCCCUGCAGCAUGGCUUCAUGCGCUUCAGCCCGCUGGACGACUGCAGUGUCUACUACCACGGCUGCCACCUCAAUGGGAAGAGCACCCACUACCACUGCAUGCAGGUGGGCUGUAACAAGGUGUAUACGAGCACAUCAGACGUGAUGACCCAUGAGAACUUCCACAAGAAGAACACCCAGCUCAUCAAUGACGGCUUCCAGCGCUUCCGAGCCACCGAGGACUGCGGCACGGCCGACUGCCAGUUCUACGGGCAGAAGACCACGCAUUUCCACUGCAGGCGCCCCGGCUGCACAUUCACCUUCAAGAACAAGUGUGACAUCGAGAAGCACAAGAGCUACCACAUCAAGGACGACGCGUAUGCCAAGGAUGGCUUCAAGAAGUUCUACAAGUACGAGGAGUGCAGGUACGAGGGCUGCGUGUACAGCAAGGCCACCAACCACUUCCACUGCAUCCGCGCCGGCUGCGGCUUCACCUUCACGUCCACCAGCCAGAUGACCUCGCACAAGCGCAAGCACGAGCGCAGGCACGUGCGCUCCUCAGGCGCGCUGGGGCUGCCGUCCUCGCUGCUGGGCGCCAAGGACACAGAGCACGAAGAGUCGAGCAACGACGACCUGGUCGACUUCUCGGCCUUGAGCAGCAAGAACUCCAGCCUGAGCGCCUCCCCGACCAGCCAGCAGUCCUCGGCCUCCCUGGCCGCCGCUGCCGCCGCUGCUGCCACCGCUGCCACCGCCGCCGCCGCCGAGGCCGCACCCGGGGCCGCCAAGCCGCCCAACAGCAAGAUCUCCGGGCUGCUGUCCCAGGGCCUUCCCGCUUCCCUCCCGCUGGCGCUGGCCCUCUCCAACUCAGGCCUGCCCACCGCUGCCCCGUACUUCCCUAUCCUUCCAAGCCGGGCUAGCGCCUCCCUGCCCGUGGGUGCCCCUGGCCUCCUGGGUGCCAUGUCGUCCGGGGCAGCGGCCUCAGCAGUGGCCGACACGCCCGCUCUGGCUGUCUCGGGAGCCGCUGACUCGGCCCCCGCGGCUGCCACCUCUGUCCCGGUGCCCCCCGCCUCCAUCAUGGAGAGGAUCUCGGCAAGCAAGGGCCUCAUCUCGCCCAUGAUGGCCAGGCUGGCUGCGGCCGCCCUCAAGCCCUCUGCCACCUUUGACCCAGGAAACGGGCAGCAGGCCACCCCUGCCAGGUUCCCCCCGGCCCCGGUGAAGCAGGAGCCCGGUGAGAGCGCUGGUGCCCCGGUUCCCCACGAGGCAUCCCAGGACCGCAGUUUAGACCUGACUGUGAAGGAGCCCAGUAAUGAAUCAAAUGGCCAUGCAGUCCCGGCAAAUUCAUCUCUUUUAUCCUCGCUUAUGAAUAAGAUGUCUCAGGGCAACCCCAACCUUGGCGGCCUGUUGAACAUCAAGACAGAAGCGGAGGGCAGCCCCGCCAUGGAGGCCUCGCCUUUCCUGGGCAAGGCCGUGAAGGCCCUGGUUCAGGAGAAGCUGUCCGAGCCCUGGAAGGUGUACCUUCGAAGGUUUGGCACCAAGGACUUCUGUGAUGCCCAGUGUGACUUCCUUCACAAGGCACACUUCCACUGCGUGGUGGAGGAGUGCGGAGCGCUUUUCAGCACCCUGGACGGGGCCAUCAAGCAUGCCAACUUCCACUUCCGGACGGAGGGAGGAGCAGUGAAGGGAAACCCAGAGGCUCCCUUCCCCACCUCAGCUGCAGAGACCAAACCUGCCUUGGCCCCCUCGUCCCCUCCAGCGCCUCCUGUCACCACAGCCUCUCUGGAGGGUCCCACUCCCAGCCCGGCAGCCGUGCCCUCCACCCCCACGCUGCUUGCCUGGAAACAGCUGGCCUCCACCAUCCCCCAGAUGCCUCAGAUUCCAGCGUCAGUGCCUCACCUGCCCACUUCGCCCUUGGCAACGACUUCUCUAGAAAACGCCAAGCCCCAGGUCAAACCCGGAUUCCUCCAGUUCCAGGAGAACGAUCCUUGCCUCGCGACGGACUGCAAGUACGCCAACAAGUUCCACUUCCACUGUCUCUUCGGCAACUGCAAGUAUGUCUGUAAAACCUCGGGCAAGGCCGAGUCCCACUGCCUGGACCACAUCAACCCCAACAACAACCUGGUGAACGUGCGAGACCAGUUUGCGUACUACUCACUCCAGUGUCUCUGUCCCAACCAGCACUGCGAGUUCCGGAUGCGUGGACACUACCACUGCCUCCGGACCGGCUGCUACUUUGUGACCAACAUCACCACCAAGUUGCCGUGGCACAUAAAGAAGCAUGAGAAAGCUGAGCGGCGGGCAGCCAACGGAUUCAAGUACUUCACCAAGCGCGAGGAGUGUGGCAGGCUAGGCUGCAAGUACAACCAGGUGAACAGCCACUUCCACUGCAUCCGGGAAGGCUGCCAGUUCUCCUUCCUCCUCAAGCACCAGAUGACCUCCCACGCCCGGAAACACAUGCGGAGGAUGCUGGGCAAGAACUUCGAUCGCGUGCCCCCCUCCCAGGGCCCCCCGAGCCUGAUGGACACGGAGACAGACGAGUACAUGGAUUACACGGGCUGCAGCCCGGGCGCCGUGUCCUCUGAGUCGCCCACCAUGGACCGGAGCUGCUCCAGCACCCCCGUGGGCAACGAGAGCACGGCGCCAGGGAACACCAUCUCCAUGCCCACGGCCUCUGGCGCCAAAAAGCGUUUCUGGAUCAUCGAGGACAUGUCGCCGUUCGGCAAGAGGCGCAAGACGGCCUCCUCGCGCAAGAUGCUGGACGAGGGCAUGAUGCUGGAGGGCUUCCGGCGCUUCGACCUCUAUGAGGACUGCAGGGACCCGACCUGCCAGUUCUCGCUCAAGGUCACGCACUAUCACUGCACGCGGGAGAACUGCGGCUACAAAUUCUGCGGCCGCACGCACAUGUACAAGCACGCGCAGCACCAUGACCGCGUGGACAACCUCGUGCUGGACGACUUCAAGCGCUUCAAGGCGUCGCUCAGCUGCCACUUCGCCGACUGCCCCUUCUCGGGCUCCAGCACGCACUUCCACUGCCUGCGCUGCCGCUUCCGCUGCACCGACAGCACCAAGGUCACGGCGCACCGCAAGCACCACGGCAAGCAGGACGUGAUCAGCGCGGCGGGCUUCUGCCAGUUCAGCUCGAGCGCCGACUGCGCCGUGCCCGACUGCAAGUACAAGCUCAAGUGCUCGCACUUCCACUGCACCUACCCGGGCUGCCGCCACACGGUCGUGGGCAUGUCGCAGAUGGACUCGCACAAGCGCAAGCACGACAAGCAGGAGCGCGGGGAGCCGCCCGCCGCGUCCCCGGGCCCCGCCGUCGGCCUGGACGGCGCGCUGUCGCUGGGCACCGAGCCCGGGGGACCCCUGCUCUUCCUGCCGCCCGCCGCCGCCGCCGCGCCCGCGGGCCUGGGGCUGGGGCCUGGCAACGCGGGCGACUCCGGGGACCCCGGCCCGCCCGACGGCCCCGCGCCCCGCGACUGCCCCGCCGCGCCCGCGCCCGGCCCCGCGGGGGCCGUUGAGUCGUCGCAGGACGACGAGGAAGAGGAGCUGGAGCUGCCUGAGGAGGAGGCGGACGACGACGACGACGACGACGAGGACGACGACGACGAGGAGGAGGAGGAGGAGGACGACGACGACGACGACGAGGACCUGCGCACCGACUCCGAGGAGUCGCUGCCCGAGGCGGCGGCGGCGGCGGCGGGGCGCGGGGCGCGGAGCCCGGAGCUGACGGCCCCCGCGCCCGCCGCAGCGUCGCCCUAGCCCGCCCGUCGGGGACGCGUCGCCCGCCCCUCUCCCGUGGUGGCCAUUGUGAUUCCUUUUGUAAGAGAUGCUACUUAUGUGUAACGCUGCCCCCUCCUGCCCCCCCCACCCGCGGCCAGAGCUACGCCAUCGCACCCGGGGCCGGCGUGGGGAGGCGCUCCGGGCUCGGGGCGGCCCCGCUGGUGCUUCCGGACCCCGAGUCCGUCUCAGGACAGAGGCGGGGGCCUCCCUCUGGUGCUCAGGGCCGCCCCCCCCCCCCGCCCGCGGCGCGCGGCCAGCGGCUGGAAGGACAGGCUGCACUUCGGGGAUCUUCUUCUUCAGGGAAACAGAAGGUGCUCUUGUCCGGGGUGGGACCGAGGAGCAGGGAGCCCCCCCCCCCAGUCCCCGAGGGCGAGGCGGGCGCGCAGACACUCGGGCAACGGCCCCGCGCGCCCCUCCCCGCGGUCGGACCCUGGGCCCCGCGACCACGCCGGUGGGAUUCCUCAUUGCUCAGGAAUGGGAAGGGCGCUGGGGGUCACCGCGACCCCCACCCCGAACCCCCAGAGGCGGGCCCGGGUUGCAUCUGGCAGGGCCUCCCCAUUCAUGCAGCUAAGAUCCUCCCUCCUGGCCCUGGGGGGCGGGGGAGGGCGGGCCAGAGGCGCCAGCGCCAGCGACACUGCAGGGACCGCGGAGGAAACCUCACGGAAUUGGCAGACCGGGGCACGGCCCCCACCCCCCCUCCGCUGGGACCGAACCCGCAUCUGCCACCCCCACCCCCAGGGCUGGGGCCUGGACGCCAGCCGCGCGGUGACUCCCAGGCCCCAGCCUCUGCGCCCGGAGGGCCGAGGCUGUGUCCGCUUCCAAACGCAAGAGCGGCAGGUGCUGGGAUGCUGGGCCCCGCCGGGGUCUCAGCCACCCACGUGGCGGGAACAGGAAGGAUACCACUGUUUGGGGCUUUAAUAUCCAAAAUGGAAAAAAAAAUGCGAGAAAGUUGUACAGUAUUUUUCCUGUAAAGGUUAUUAUUCUACAUAGAACAAAAAGAAAAAAGAGGCAGGCGGGCUGUGAGAGCGCAGGCCCGCCUCGGACCAGCCCUGAGGUUGGAGACCGAGUGCAAUCGCUCACGUGGGACUGCGUUUAGCAUUUAUUUUAGAGGCCUUACCAGUUUGAGGCUGUCUGUCUUUACACUAGCACUGACGGGAGCUGCGUGAUUCCAACUUUUAACUUGAAUUUUGUAGAAACAAGAAAAAGGACGAUUACUGUUGAUACAAGUUUGUAUUUAACAUUUGAGUUUUUCUCUAUUGGUUAUGCGUGUGGCUUUAUAGGGCUUCCCCCCCCCCCCGCCCCCGGUUGGUUUUUAUUAUUUUGUUUGGGAUGCUUCGCCAGUGCAACCCACCCAGGUUUGGGUCCCUUUUCAAAACAUCCCCACUUCCUGGAGAGGAGGAGGCCACCUUGCCCGACUUGGGGGGCUGGGGGGUCGUGGGGGGCAUCUGGCUGACGCACACCCGGCCACGAGCUCUGAAGGCGACAGGGACCCAGCACAGGCUGCCCAAGCUUCCCGGGUCUCCAGUCCCAGCCACCAGCCUGGCCCAGGUUGGACCCUGAGACUCAGUCACAGGCAGAGAGCCGAGCCCAGCCUGUCCCUGCAGAUCUCCAAGAGGAGCCCCACCUGAUGGCGGGGAGGUGGGCACUGGUUUUUUUUUUUUUUUUGUCCGUGUGUGUGUGUGCGCACAUGUGUGUGUGUGUGUGUGUGUGUGUGUGAGUGUGUGUGUGUGUGUGUGUGUGUGUCCCCUCUUGGCUGCCCACAGCCAGAGAGCCAGGAUCACCUGCACUGGACAGAGGGAGCAGGGAGGGAGGAGUGGUCAGACGGAGCGCACCUGACUCAACAGGGAGCAAAUCAUUUCCUAACCCGUGUCCCGCACCAGAGCCUCCCGAAUUCUGUGGGCGCCUCGCGCUGCUGCUGACAUUCGCCCAGACUCUGUGCCGAGCCGCUGGGUGUGUGGAGGGAGUUUUGUAAAGGAAACAAAACAAAAACAGAAAACAAAACACAAAAAACAUUUUUCAAUGUAGCAAAAUUAACAACAAAAAAAGCCAACAAAAAAAAAAAAAGAAAAGAAAAAAGAAAAAAGAAGAUGCCGACAGUGGGAAGUCUAGCCUUUUGUAAACUCCAUAUUGCACACUAGGACUAUAAGCCAUUGCUAGCUCAUUUUGAAUUUUAACGUGUAAUUUUUGUUUUAUUUUCUUUCUGUGGGGAAAACAAUGCUUGAUCCACCAAUGCUCUUUUUAAUGUUUUAUAACUAUGUAUGUGUAUAUAUAUAAAUAUAAAAUAAUAUGUAUGCACAUAUGUGUGUGUAUAUAUCUAUAUGUAUAUACAUAUAUAGAUAUAUAGAGAUAUAUAGAGAGGUUUUGAGACGAAAAAUGCAGAACGUGAAAACCGAACUGAACAGCGUGUGCUCUGAUUACUUGAAUCUGGUCUCCUCGGCACCUGGUUAUUAAGAACUGAAUAUUUUUCCACUUGAAUUUAGUGCUAUUAGAAAUUUAAUAUAUGUGUUUUAUUUAUUUGAUUUUUUUUUUGCAUGACUGAUGCAAGG